CGGGACAGAGACAGAACGGCAAAGAGCAAAUUAGCCAGAGAGAAAAGGAUCUGAUUGUGGAACGAAGAAAGACAAAAUACAAAGGCGACAGGAAGAGACAGGAGGAGGGCACAGAAUUAAAAUUAGUGACAGAACAAAAGGAGAAGGCUUCACACUAGCAAGGAGGCGUCUCUGGGAUUAUUCUUUAUCAUAAUGUACCGGAGAGUCCGGACACACAAUCCUAUGAAAAUGAAAAGAUAUCAACAUUCUUACAGAGUGUCGUCCCGCGUCCCGGAGAUCAUGGCGGCCGGCACCCACUCCCCCGGGGGGCCCAACGGUAUAAUCCGGAGUCAGUCUUUCGCCGGGUUCAGCACGCUGCAGGAGCGACGCUCUCGCUGUAACUCUUUCAUGGGGAACUCUGCGGUGCAGAAGAAGCCUCAGUCUAAGCCAAAGAAGACCCACCCGGCAGGACACAAGGGAGGCAGCAGCUCCAGGGAGCCGCAGCCCAAAAGGCUGGAGGAAGUUUACAACGCACUCAAACAAGGCCUGGAUGAGUAUCUUGAAGUUCAUCAAACAGAGCUGGAAAAACUAAUGUGUCUGAUGAAGGACAUGAAGAGAAACUCUCGCCUGGGAGUGCUCUAUGAUCUUGACAAGCAAAUCAAAACCAUCGAAAGAUACAUGAGACGCCUGGAGUUUCACAUGAGCAAGGUGGAUGAGCUGUAUGAGGCCUUCUGCAUCCAGAGCCGUUUGAGGGACGGUGCCAGCCGGAUGAAGCAGGCCUUCUCCUCCUCACCCUCCACUAAAGGCACCAAGGAGAGCAUCUCAGAGGUCAACCGCCGCUAUAAGGAGUACACCGAGAACAUGAGUGCGUUCGAGAGUGAACUGGAGAAUCUGCUCGGAGAGUUUCAUAUCAAAAUGAAAGGUUUGGCGGGCUUUGCUAGGCUUUGUCCUGGAGACCAGUAUGAGAUCUUCAUGCGGUACGGUCGCCAGCGCUGGAAGUUGAAGGGAAGAAUUGAAGUGAACUCCAGACAGAGUUGGGACGGAGACGAGAUGAUCUUCAUGCCUCUUAUCACAGACCUCAUCAACAUCAAGGUGACGGAGCUGAAGGGCCUGGCCUCUCACAUGCUGGUUGGCAGCGUGAUCUGUGAGACCAAGGAGCUGUUUACCGCCAUGCCUCAGGUUGUGGCUGUGGACGUCAACGACCUGGGGACCAUCAAACUCAACCUGGAGGUCACGUGGUACCCCUUCGAUGUCGAGGACCUGACGUUGUCGUCCGGUAACUUGAGCAAAGCCACAGCACUCCAGAGACGAGUGUCCGUCUACAGCCAGGGCACGCCGGAGACGCCCACUUUCCAGGACGCUUCCUUCUUUUGGCGGCAAUAUCCCGUGCAGCGCCAGCGCCUCUCCUUCCUGCACAUGCUCCGAGACACCCUGCUAGAGAAGUUAAGGCUCAGUCGCUCGUUUGGUGACCUGGCCUCACUCCGGCCAAGGCCCAAAUCCAGUCUGGAGGUCUAUUCCACUCUACCAGAUGAUAUCUUUGACAACGGGGGCUGCGGUGUGGCAGAGUGUAAACGUCUCUCCUUCACCUUUUCGGACACCUCUGGUUCCAUGCCCAGCCCCGCACCCAGCUCCCACUCUGCAGGCCCGUCCAACCCCGAGAUCACAGUCACCCCCCCAGAAAUGGAACCGUCACCCACACAAAUCUUCCCAACAAGGGAGGACUCCAUCGCUGAGGAGCAUUUAGUUGAAGAGGAAGAGGAGGAGGAGGAGGAAGAGGAAGAAGAGGAUGAGUACGAAGAAGACGGAGAGAUGGGGAGUAGGGGCACCAGUGCCAGUGAUGAAGCUGAGGUGGCAGAGGACUCUGAGUGGGAGCGCACGGAGUCCCAGCGACAUUCUAACUCGCGCUGCGGUUCAGCCGCCCCGUCCCUCUGCUCCGACGUCCACCUGUCCGCAGUGGCUCCAGAGGAUGUUUUCUUGGACCACGCUGACGAUCUGAAACCUGUCGAGCUGGACACAGAGGAAGCGGGCAGCCUGACCAGGCAACUUGUGAAGAGGCUGACCUCUUCGGACGUGGCGCCGCCAAGUGGGAGCUCCACGGAUGGGGGAGGGAGUCUGAGCUGGACGGGCGAGGGGAGCAGGGCUUUCCUGGAGAGCAGCAUGGAGGAGGCCAUCCACAGCUUGUUGAUGAGGCUGGAGUCUCUGAAUCACCGCUGCCGAGAGCUGCAGGACCUGGAGCAGGAAGUGAUGCGGCUGGAAGACCUGCUCAAGUGUCGUCUGCCAGGUCAUAGGAGCAGGUCCUCCAGCCUCAGUCUGACCGUAGAGAGCGCCCUGGAGAGUUUCGACUUCCUCAACACCUCUGACUUCGACGACGAGGAUACUGGAGACGAUAACGCCGUUCUCAGCCCCCCCCCACAAAGAUCUCCGCUGUUUGAUACAGAUGGAGAACGGAUUGGUAGCCAGCACCCAGAAGCCAGAGGACACCUGAGUGAAGCCCUGACGGAGGACACCGGCGUGGGCAACAGCGUGGCAGGAAGCCCCCUGCCGCUCACCACUGGAAACGAGAACCUGGACGUGGCUAUCGUCAUCCACCUGCAGUACUGUAAUCACCUCAUACAGUUGCUGACCGGCGGGGUCGGUCAAUGGCAGCGUCGCAGUCUCCUCCUCAAACUCUCCGCUCAGACUCAGCUGUUAGAAGAGCUGGCAGAGCUCAGUGCGGACAAACUGGGAACGAUGACAUCUUCUGCAGAUGUUCUCCCGGGCCUCGCGGAGCGCCCACUGCUGAUGACCCUGUGGUCGGAUUGCAGCGGAUCGGCAGGACUUUUCCACACCACGCUGGACCGAGUGUUCACACACAUGAACCAGCGCUAUGCAGCCGCGCUGCAGGAGAGGCACCCACACAGCGCCGACACAGUGAUCGGCGUCGUUGUGAGCGAGAUGGUGGACAGGAGCUAUCUGGGACAGCUCACUGCCGCUGAGCUGUCCCAGGACGUCCUGACCGUGUUUCAGUUCCACAGCUACGUCUUACAACAUGAAGUACUGGACAUGGAGACACACCUCCUACACAUGGCCAGAGAAGAGAUGUUUGCCCAGGCUCUGUGCAGUCAGGAUUAUUCUCGGUGCCUAGCCGAGCUGGAAGAGGUUCCCGUCUCCUCUUUGUGGCCUAGAAACAGCACCCUGAGGGCCCUGGCCUCCCUGCUCACCGCAGAGCACCCUCAGGUCAACAAGGCAGCGGCCGACUACCUCGCUUCUGCGUCACACAGCCACUUCAGGGCCAGAGCAGUGGAGUGCUACACCCACGCGCUGUCAGAGGCCGGAGUCCAGAGCCAGAGGGCGGCUUGUUCAGCGCUCAGCUGUCUGCAGGCAGUAGAGAGCAUCAAGGCGGUGGUAGCACUGUGUGAUUCAGCUGAUGAAGAGCUUCGCCACGUUGCCAUAGAAACCCUCCUUACAUUUGGUGAGGAGGGGCGGCUGGCCUACGAGCAGCUGGACACGGUGCCCGGGGAAAUCCUCCGCCUCGGCGCACGGCGGGAAACCGCCGUCACCACGGCCUUCUGAGCCACCGCCACCAGAAACAUCUCAGCCGCCCCACCCCCCGAGGACAGCCCCGCCCCCCUGACUCGGCUACGCCCGACACUGCACUCCUUCACAGGGCUGUCAAUGACCGAUCUGCACAUUAGAUCACCGUUCUCUUGCCGCACUGCCUCCUCGUAGGAACUAUCACCAAACAAACCGCAGCGACCACAGAAGACACGAGCUCUGCUCUCACCGUGCGACGCAUUCACACUCGAUUGAUUCACCGUCACUUUUCAGAAACUUCAAACGCUUCACCCCUGAAACGCUUCACCCCUCCCUCUCCCUGCUUUCUGAGCCAGGCACACCGGACAUGUAGAGUUUAACCGGAGAGCACAAAUCUGACUGCACACAAAGCCACUGAAAGGUGCUGCACACACUGUGGAUCUGAGCAGCGACGCGUCUUCACCUUUCACAUAACCUCAUUCGACAAGCCACUGCACCCAGCCCAAUUUACUCAUUGAUUAAUCAUCAUCUUGAUUGUUACAGAGUCAGUUGUGUCAUGCAAUAUACUAACUAUGAUCUUUGUAUAAUCACUGUCUACCAUUACAAAUGUUUUCUGGCGCUUUUUGAAGGAUUUGCACUGUUUAGAGGCAUGUAAAUGUGGCAUAUUUUACAAAGCCUGUGUAAUAUAUGUGCUUGUAUUCAAGAUAUAUUUUAAAGUUGUUUUCUAAUGCGUUCCAUUUUGAGUUUCAGGGAUUCUUGUACAAUUGGAAGAUGUGUGUUGUGAGACAGGGAGGACCAAUAAUAAUGUUGAGAAUGUCAUUCAAAGAGGAAGUGAUGUUGUGGUUGUAAAGCCCAACUUUAACAGCAGUUUUACCGUCUUGACCAGUUUGACCUCAGCUGUCCGUUAUUCGGAGGAAAAGGAAAAGGCUGAAAGGCAGAUCUUCAGCCCAAUUUUCCCUCGCUUCGCAGUUUAUAACAGUCUUCUCAUACUUGCAGUUCAACAAGUGCAAUUUUUCUGUACAUACGUGAACCUUUUGCACGUAGACAUUAGAGCCUUGAUAUGGUCGAGCAGGCAGGUUUCCGCAAAUACACUCCCAUUGUUUUUUAUUAUUUUGUUUUACUAUUUUUUAUUUUUUAUUUGUUAGGUAGAGAACCAGUCCAGGGCAACAGAUUUGGUUUAGGCUUGUGAUCCAAUUCACUUUACAGAGCGGAGAAUACUUCAGGCUGAGUGCAGGCCUUAUUUUGGCUAACUGCACAUUAAUACAGUAUGUGAGUCGAUGGCAGGAUUGCAAAUUUUGCUUCUUUUUUUUUUAGAAGCUGCCGAAUGAGGUUUUUCUGUUUUAUUUUGCUUCAUCAUCUGUUCAACUGUUGUGUGGGGAAAAAUAACCCAACAUCAGCGGAUAUUCCAACUUUUCUCAUUGUAAAUGUACUACUGAGUCCUGUGUCAGAGCACAAUGACAAAACUCGCAUUUGUUGACGCCUGUUAUUUAUUGUUUACUUGUAAUUCUGAUAUUGGAGUUAUACUGUAAUAGUACAGAGGACAUUAUGUAAAUGAGAUGUAUAUUUGUUCUAUUUAGGAUGAAUUCUAUUAUUUAUCGUUUAAAAAGACGUCCAUAUCAUACUGCAAAUUAUCUCAUGUUUAAUUGGAGUUUAUUUUGAAGGAAUUAUUAGAUUACAAUAUCAUUAGUUAAACCUUGCAUAUCUUUUUCCAAAAAGGUAUUAAACACAAUGGGACGUUAUUUAUUAGAUGUGCUACUUUAUUACUGCAACUGAAGGCUGGAUUCAUUUUUUUAAUUUACUAAUUCAUAAUGGAGUGUAUAUUUUCAAAAGAAAUUGCAUUUUGGCUAGAAUGACUUUCAAAGCACAAAAUAGGACAAACCCAUAACAUGAAUUGUUAUAACGGCAUAUCCCAAAAGCCAUAUUGAUUAAAAGCAAGUAAUAUUUUUAUGAAAUUCAUUUUGUAAUAUCUGUAAAUGUAUGAAGUUCUUACUAAAAGCUAGCCCUUUUUUUCUAAGCAACCUUUUGCAAAACAGUCUGUAUUUUAAGUAACACUUGUAUUUCAUCUAUGAUGUGAAUAGCAUUAUAGUAUUUUGGUAAAGUAUACAAUUCAUCACUCAUUGUUUAUUGAAUUUUUGCAAACUUGCAGUUCAGUGUUAAGUUGAUUCAUCGGCUGUUCAAUUCAGUCAACCUGCACAGCUUAAAUAAUUUGGUACCUUUAAAUUGAUCAAUUUAGUCUCCUACACCUAAUUAAAAUAUGCUAUAACUAAA